AUGGGACGCUACUACAGAGUUACCUUCAAGACUAUGAUUUUUCUGGUGUUCUUGCAGGGGACAGCAGUGGUGCUCUUCCACAGCUGGUUCAUUCACCUCAGUGUCUCUGAAUCUCCUCCUCAAGGCAAAGUUCAUGUCUUGCUGCUCUCAUCGUGGCGAUCAGGUUCAUCCUUCCUGGGUCAGGUUUUCAGUCAGCACUCGUCUGUUUUCUAUCUAAUGGAGCCCGCCUGGCAUGUGUGGUCCAACGUGGAGAAACCUAGUGCAAAGCUCCUUCGAAUGGCUGUUAGGGAUUUAAUGCGGAGUCUAUUCAAGUGUGAUUUCUCAGUAAUGGACUCCUAUCUGCCAGAAAACUAUAAUGUGUCCACCUUGUUUGCAUGGACUGACAGUCGGGCACUUUGUGCACCUCCAGCCUGUUCUCUCACAGUGACCAACACGACUCUGUGUCAAGACAAAUGUGAUGCUCAAGGCUUGCUCAAAGCUGAGAAGGCCUGCAACAUAUACAGUCAUGUGGUAUUAAAGGAAGUGCGAUUUUUUGAGCUGGAAUCUCUUUACCCCCUGUUGCAAGACCCCAGCCUGGACCUCAGAAUUAUUCAUUUGGUCCGAGACCCUCGGGCUGUGAUGAAUUCUAGAGAAGCAUCACGCAAAGCAUUUGUGUUAGAUAGCUCUAUUGUCUUGGAGCAAAAGGAAACACCUUUAUAUAUGGUCCAGUAUAAAGUCCUGCAGAAAAUUUGCCAUAGCCACAUACGCAUCAAUGAGAGGGCAGUCUUAAAACCUCCUCCGUUUUUAAAAGGCCGCUACAAAAUGAUACGUUAUGAAGAUCUGACACGCAACCCACUAAAGGAAAUCAACGAACUGUAUGAGUUUGUAGGUUUAGAGAUGACUAGUGGGAUGGGGGAAUGGAUCUAUAAAAAGACUCAUGGAAUGGGGAAAGGCACCAAGAAACAGGCUUUCCAGAUCACUUCUAGAAAUGCUUCUCUUGUUUCUCAGGCAUGGCGCACCAGGCUGCCAUUCUACAAGGUCAAGCGUGUUCAAGAAGUUUGCAAAGAGGCCAUGGAACUGCUCGGCUACAGGACAGUUGACAAUCUAAAGGAACAGAGGAAACUUGACAUAGAUCUGUUAACUCCAAAGGAACCAUAUCUGUUCAACUGGAGGCCAGCUUGA